AUGGAAAAUGGAAUGCUUAUUUUAACUUUGAAAACUAAGUUAAAAGAAUAUAAAUUACAUGGAUUUUCUACUCAUAUCACUCAAGAUGGAGUGAUGGAUUGUGAUUUUAUCACAGUCCAUAUAAUUAUUUUUAUAUGUGGUACUUUGCUUAUGCAUAAUAAUUUGGAAAUUAUUACACCAGUGUUUUUCUUAAAUCUUAAAAAAAAACCAGCCUAUUAAUUUUAUUCUUUCAAGUAUUUAUAUGUUCACAUAAAUGAGUUCACAUGCAGCAAAGUGUGCCGUAAAGCAAUCUCUCUCCUUUCUUUUUUUCUUUUUUAUCAUUGUUUUGUGACUGUUUGUGAAAGGGGAUGUUUCUAAUGUAAUGGCAUACAAAAAUGAAAAACAAAUGGGAGUAUAUUUGUGUUAUGGCCACUUGAUGGCACUGUUUCUAAACUGCCAGUACACUGAUACAUGGCUCUUUUUUUCUAGGCUUCAACAUCACCCUAACUAAAGAAUCACAAUCUGCACAUAUAAAUAUAACUCUCUUAUUUAGUCUGCUUUACAUAUAAAACAAUGACAUUCUGACAGGAUAAGCUGAAAGCUCUACUUAUUUUAUAGGAAAGUGUAGCUGUCUCUGCUCUGUGUUUGUUUCUAUCUCCAAUUAACAAUGACUUAAGCUUGGCAAGCUGAUAAGCCAGAAGCUUUUUUUCUUGUUGUUUAUGCAUGCACAGUGUGGAUAAACCUCUGGUCUUUCAUAGUAAACUGAUGGAAGCCCAGGAUGCAAGACAAGCUGCCACUGGCUCUACUUUUAUUCUUACUCUUGCUGAAGUAAUGACCUCACAGCCUACUGUUUGCCACUGGUGCUAGUUUCAGUCAUUGUGCAAAGGUACUGUUUAUAAGGGUGGGGAAACCUGCAGUCAGCUGAGACUGAAGAAGUCACUUGGAUGAUGCUGAGUCCCUUCUUAGGAUUUCCUUGCCUGGAUGACUGAGCAUGUAUCAAGACAGAAACUCUUAUUGAAGUAAUAUGAGGUUUAAAUAUGAAUAAAUAUGAUACAAUAGUAAGUACAAGCACGUGCAAAAACGUAUGAAAUCUGAUGCUGUGUGCACAUUCUUCUACACUCUCACAAAGGUUGGAGAGCUAAAAUGGAUCUUAGAUUGCAUGAGAUAGCUAUGCAGUAUUUAGUGUUUGUUGAUUAACUUCUUCGCAUUCAGUGAUUUAAUUUUUACUUUUUUUUAAUUUUUGCUUUGAAAUGUUUUCUCAGUUUGCAGCAAAUUCACAUUCACAUGUACUUACUACAUGUGGGUGAAAACUUUCCUUCUCGCUUGUUCUGUCAGUAUCAUUGUUUACAUUCAAAGAGGGACGUGCUACAGGUGGUAAUACUAGCUAAUCCUGUUUGGUGACUAGCUCAAGCAGAAAACCAAGGCAAGUCUUUCAACUGCAAAACGCAAAAAGGGAGAUAAAGCAGGAGGCAUUUUCACACUGGAAUUCAAAGACCACCUUAAACUGUAGUGCUGUUCAUAAUAUUAUGCAUUAUGGUUUCCUCAGUGACGCGAGUGGGUCAGAGAAAAACGAUCAUAUGUGCCAUUACUUCUCUUAUUUUUGUUGUCACACAUCUACCAUUCAGCCUGCAGGGUACUGUUAAAAAGACAUCAACUCAGAAUUUGACUUUUUACCACAGCGAUGCCACGUUUGAUGACUGCAGAUUUGAAGUUACAGUUUUAAAUGAUAAUUCCAUGAUGCAAAAAUGGGAAUCCUGCUUUAAAAACUUCAGUGAAGCCUGGAGAAAUGCAAAGCAACACAACAGAAAGCCUCAACACAAGCACCUGGAGAAAGAUCAUUCUGCUUCUUUAUACAUGUACACAAAAUCUAUAUUGCAACCUGUAAACCUCAACUUCAAGUCUGCAAAUAGAACUGGAAAACCAAAGGAGACAUUUGAGUCACGCUCACUUUAUUCCUUUCUAACUGAAGGCAUUCAGAUUUUAAAACACAACCAGGUGACAUGUGUUCGUACACAUUUUAAAGCAGAGACGCUUUUACAUCUGAACAUCUCUAACAAACAGGUUCGGUUUAGCACCUUCAUGUUAGGCUCUGAUGAGUGGAACUUUGCGAGGAACAUUUCAUGUUUUGAGGUGCACACGUGCUUUGGCGCUGACAUAACAUAUUACUCUGCCCUGAAACAAAAUAAUCAGGUGCUAAUUCCCCCGUAUGAGAUUUUCAAAGUCACUGACAUUCAGACAGAAACAAAGGAAUGCAGAAUCAGCUAUAGACUCACGAGCAAUAUGAACUGUGUUUAUAGCAAAGAAAGCAAUAUGUUGCAUCCAAUAUCUACUUUGGCAGUAGAUGGAUUUUGGGUCAUUUUUACAAUUAUUUGUAUUGUUAUAAUUUGUCUUUUGUUGUCCUUUGCUUUGGUAAAAGUGUACCAUAAGACCAAUGCUGUUUACAGUUCUUCCUUUUCAUCUAAGUUACAGCAGCCACACUGUGGAUUAUAUUAGGCUGAUCUUUGCAUUUUGUGUCUUAUUCUUCAUGCAUAUAUUCAUGCAUACAUUUUAUAUUCUGCACACUCUAUGUUUUGUUUUUCACGCAUUCAUGCAAACAUACAUAAAAAAUAAAAUAAUUUGUCACAAUCAUAUACAUUUUUCUUUUGCCUUUGUUUUUGUGGAGAAGCAGAAUGAAAACAGUUGUGUUCAGUCAUGCACACAUUGUUCUUUGAGUAACACUUACAGCUUUGUCCACAAUUUGUUGGCACUUUUUUGCAGUUUUUUGCCUCUUUACACCACCAAAAUGACUUCUAAUCCGACAGUCAA